UGUGCCGCGUCUGCUGGUGAGCGCAGGUGGUGGCCCGUCGACGGCGCGCUAGCGUCGGGCGCCCCUCCGAGGAGCCGAGCGGCAGGCGCACCCGACACGCUGUUUGUCCUUGCGGGCAAAAUGUCUGGUGAAAAGGCAACCACACAAAGUGAAGAUAUGCCCAAUAGAUCAUCCAACCAAAUGAAGCAACAUAUAGUAGUGGCUACUCCUGAAGAACUGGUAAAACGGCUGGGAGGCAACAAAGCUAUCAACAGGAUACUGAUCGCCAACAAUGGCAUCGCUGCCGUCAAGUGCAUGCGAUCCAUACGACGCUGGGCGUACGAGAUGUUCCGCAACGAGAAGGUCAUCCGCUUCGUCGCCAUGGUGACGCCUGAAGACAUGAAAGCCAACGCUGAGUACAUCCGCAUGGCCGACCACUACGUGCCGGUGCCGGGGGGCACCAACAAUAACAACUACGCCAACGUCGAGUUGAUCGUCGACAUCGCCAAGCGGAUGUCGGUGCAGGCGGUGUGGGCCGGCUGGGGCCACGCCUCGGAGAACCCGAAGCUGCCCGAGCUGCUGCACAAGAACAACAUCGUUUUCAUCGGGCCGCCGGAGAAGGCCAUGUGGGCGCUGGGUGACAAGAUCGCCUCCAGCAUCGUGGCGCAGACGGCCGACAUUCCGACGAUGCCCUGGUCCGGCUCCGGUCUGAAGGCGCAGUGGAGCGAGAAAGACGAAGGCCACGGCUCGCUGCGCAUCUCGUCCGAGCUCUACAAGGCCGGCUGCGUGGCCAGCGAGGAGCAGGGCCUCGAGGCCGCCCGUCGCAUCGGUUUUCCGGUCAUGAUCAAGGCGUCCGAGGGCGGCGGCGGCAAGGGUAUCCGUAAGGUGGAGUCCGAGGACCAGUUCUUCAACCAGUACCGCCAGGUGCGCACGGAGGUGCCGGGGUCUCCGAUUUUCGUGAUGAAGAUGGCGACGCGCGCGCGCCACCUGGAGGUGCAGCUGCUGGCGGACCAGUACGGCACGGCUAUCUCGCUGUUCGGCCGCGACUGCUCCAUCCAGCGGCGACACCAGAAGAUCAUUGAGGAGGCGCCCUGUAUCAUCGCCGAACCGGACGUCUUCGAGCGCAUGGAGCAGGCCGCCGUGCGACUGGCCAAGAUGGUGGGCUACGUGAGUGCCGGCACCGUCGAGUAUCUGUUCGACGAGCACGGCCACUUCUACUUCCUCGAGCUGAACCCGCGCCUGCAGGUGGAGCAUCCCUGCACGGAGAUGAUCACUGACAUCAACCUACCGGCCGGCCAGCUGCAGAUCGCCAUGGGGAUUCCCCUGCGCCGGAUCAAGUGCGUGCGCCUGCUGUGGGGCGAGUCGCCCUGGGGCGAUUCCAUCAUCAACUUCGACGACAUCCGGCGGCGCAAGAUGCCGUUCGGUCACGUGAUCGCCGCCCGCAUCACCAGCGAGAACCCGGACGAGGGCUUCAAGCCCAGCUCGGGCACCGUUGAGGAGCUGACGUUCCGUAGCAGCAAGAAUGUCUGGGGCUACUUCAGUGUGGCCGCUAGCGGCGGUCUGCACGAGUUCGCCGACUCGCAGUUCGGCCACUGCUUCUCCUGGGGCGACAACCGCGAGGAGGCGCGCGAAAACAUGGUGAUCGCUCUGAAGGAGCUGACGAUCCGGGCCGAGUUCAGGAGCACCGUGGAGAUCCUCAUUACUCUCCUGGAGACGGACACGUUCCAGAACAACGACAUCUCGACGGCUUGGCUGGACCGGCUGAUCGCCGAGCGCAUGCAGGCCGAGAAGCCGGACACCAUGGUGGGUGUGAUCUGCGGCUCGCUGCACAUCGCCGACCAGACCAUCGCCAGCGCCUCCCAGAAGUUCCAGAACUCGCUCGAGAAGGGCCAGAUCUUGCCGAUGUCUUCUCUGAUGAACUCCGUGGACGUGGAGCUGAUACUGGACGGGAUCAAGUACGUGGUGCGCGCCUCGAGGACGGGGCCGAAUCACUACUUCCUGUCGCUGAACGACUCGUACAAGGAGAUCGAGGUGCACCGGAUGAGGGACAGCUCCAUGCUGCUCUCCGUCGACGGCAUGAGCUUCAACACCUACAUGAAGGAGGAGGUGGACAGUUACCGGGUGGUGAUCGGCAACCAGACGGUGGUGUUCGAGAAGGAGAACGACCCCACCAUUCUACGCGCGCCCUCAGCCGGCAAGCUCAUCAACUACCUGCUCGACGACGGAGGUCACGUGGCCGCCGGCCAGCCCUACUGCGAGAUCGAGGUCAUGAAGAUGGUGAUGACGCUCCACACCGUGGUGUCGGGCGUCAUCACCUACAACAAGCGACCCGGCGCCGUGCUCAACGCCGGCAACAUCAUCGCGCGGCUGGAGGUGGACGACCCGAGCCGUGUGACGCGCGCCCGCCGCUUCACCGGCAAGUUCCCUGAGGUGAAGAGCGACCUCAAGGUGGUCGGCGACCAGCUCCACCAGCGCUUCCACUCCGAGAAGCAGCGGCUGGAGAACAUCCUCAGUGGAUACUGUCUGCCCGAGCCGGUAUUUGUACCGCGCAUGAAGGAGACGGUGGAGAGCGUGAUGGCGGCGCUGCGGGACCCAGCGCUCCCGAUGCUCGAGCUCCAGGACAUCAUCUCGUCCAUCUCUGGCCGGGUGCCGGUCGUCGUCGAGAAGCGUAUUCGCCAGCUGCUCAACCAGUACUCGUACAACAUCACCUCGGUACUGACGCAGUUCCCCAGCCAGAAGAUCGCCAACGUGAUCGACAGUCACGCGGCCACGCUGCAGCGGCGCCAGGACCGCGAGGACUUCUUCCUGACCACCCAGGGUGUGGUGCAGCUGGUGCAGCGCUACCGGAGCGGUAUCCGGGGCCGACUCAAGUCGGUGGUGCAGGACUUGCUGCGCACCUACCUGCAGGUGGAGAGUCAGUUCCAGGUGGGCUCGUACGACAAGUGCGUCCACUUGCUGGCCGACAAACACAAGGACGACAUGAGCGUCGUGGUGCAGACCAUCUUCUCACAUUCCAUGGUGGCGCAGAAGAACCAGCUGGUGACCAUGCUGCUCGACUACCUGGUCAAGUCCGACCCGCAGAUGCCGGACGAGCUGGCUGGCAUCAUGGAGGAGCUGACCACGCUGAGCCGCACGGAGAAUGCCAAGGUGUCGCUGCGCGCGCGCCAGAUGCUGAUCACGGCGCAACAGCCGGCAUACGAGCUGCGCCACAACCAGAUGGAGUCCAUCUUCCUGUCGGCCGUGGACUCGUUCUGUCACGGCUACCAGCCGGAGAACCUGCAGAACCUGAUCCUGUCGGAGACCAGCAUCUUCGACAUCCUGCACGACUUCUUCUACCACCACAAGACGGCCGUGCGCGUCUCGUCGCUGGAGGUGUACGUACGCCGAGCCUACAUCUCCUACGACCUGGCCUGCGUCAAGCACUUCGAGCUGCCAUCCAACGCCGGCUUCUCCAUCUGCGUGGUGCUCUUCAGCUUCUUCCUGCCGACUUCGCACCCGAACAGCGCCGACCGUAACCUGAAACGUUUGAGUGUGUCCAAAUCGACUCCGAUGGCGACACCCAGCUCCACCAGCCUGCUGUCGGCCGGCGGGCUGGCGCGGCCGCGCUCGCCGUCCCCCCUCCCCUCGGCCCACCACUGGGCGGCCGGCCACAUUGCCGGCUCCAGCAGUGCGCCGGCGCUCAGGCUGAGCGGCAAGCUGGAGCAGCCGGGCGCGCACCACCUGCUCUCGGCCGAGCGCGAGUCCUGCGACCGCAUCGGCUGCAUGGCCGCCUUCCGCAGCUUCGACGACUUCGCCGCCGGCUUCGAGGACCUGGUGGACCUGGCGCAGCACACGCAGGUCGGCCCGCAGCCCUCCCGCUGGCCGGAUAUCAAGGAGGAGCUGAUCCCGGCCUGGAGGGACCGAGGGCACAGCCGCGACCUGGACGCCGACCACCUGGGCACCUCCAUGACGCUGGGCGGCUCGCUGACAGAGCCAAGCGAUUCCAGCGAGACUGAGGACGACCCAAAGCUGAUCCUCAACAUCGCCAUCCGCGUGACUGACGAGGUGGCCGACGAGGCGCUCAACGCCAAACUGUCGGCCUUCUGCGCCCAGCGCCGGCCGUUCCUGGUGCAGAGUCUGGUGCGCCGCGUGACGUUCGUGGUGCUGUUCCGACACGAGUUCCCGCGCUACUUCACGUACCGCUCUCGCGACGGCUUCGCCGAGGACCGUAUCUACCGGCAUCUGGAGCCGGCGCUGGCGUUCCAGCUGGAGAUGAACCGCCUGCGCACCUACGACCUGGAGGCGCUGCCCACCUCCAACCACAAGAUGCACCUCUACCUGGGCAAGGCCAAGGUGGCGACUGGCCAGGAAGUGACUGACUUCCGAUUCUUCAUCCGCUCUAUCAUCCGGCACUCUGACCUCAUCACCAAGGAGGCGAGCUUCGAGUUCCUGCAGAACGAGGGCGAGCGGCUGCUGCUCGAGUCGAUGGACGAGCUGGAGGUGGCCUUCUCUCAUCCCCUGGCUCACCGCACCGACUGCAACCACAUCUUCAUGAACUUCGUGCCCACCGUCACGCUGGAUCCUGCUAAGGUGGUGGAGAGCGUGCGGCCGAUGGUGAUGCGGUACGGACCGCGGCUCUGGAAGCUGCGCGUGCUGCAGGCCGAGGUGCGCAUGACCAUUCGCUCUUCGGCUCACUCGGCGACCACCUCCAUCCGGCUGUGCCUGAGCAACGAGAACGGAUACUACCUGGACAUCGCGCUCUACAAGGAGGUCACCGACCCGUCCACCGGCCAGGUCAAGUUCCAGGCUUUGGGGGCUAAGCAGGGCCCACUUCACGGGCUUGCCGUGGACACGCCCUACCUGACCAAGGACUACCUGCAGCUGAAGCGGUUCCAGGCGCAGCACAGCGGCACCACCUACGUCUACGACUUCCCCGAGAUGUUCCGCCAGGCUAUGGACAAACUGUGGGUGGAGCACCGGCGGCGCGACCCGACCGUGGUGCCACCCGAGGACUCGCUCCACCACAUCGUCGAACUCGUGCUGGACGCCGACAACAACCUGGUCGAGGUCAAACGGCUGCCGGGGGAGAACAAGAUCGGCAUGGUCGCCUGGAAGAUGACGCUGAUCACGCCCGAGUACCCGACCGGACGCGAGAUCGUCGUCAUCGCCAACGACCUGACGCAAGCCAUCGGCAGCUUCGGACCCGAGGAGGACAUCCUCUUCCUCAAGGCAUCACAGCUGUCCCGCCAGCUGCGUAUUCCACGCAUUUACCUAUCAGCCAACAGCGGGGCGCGCAUCGGCCUGGCGGAGGAGAUCAAGCACCUGUUCCGCGUCGCCUGGGUCGACCCCGAGGACCCGGAGAAGGGCUUCCGGUACAUCUACCUCACGCCGGACGACUUCCAGAAGGUGUCGGCCUCCAACUCAGUGCAGGCCGUGCUGGUGGAGGAUGAGGGCGAGCCGCGGUACAGGAUCAGUCACAUUAUCGGCGAGGGCGACGGUCUGGGCGUGGAGAACCUGCAGCACGCGGCCAUGAUCGCCGGCGAGACGUCGCAGGCCUACAACGAGGUGGUCACCAUGUCAAUGGUGACGUGUCGGGCCAUCGGCAUCGGCGCCUACCUGGUGCGGCUCGGGCAGCGCGUCGUCCAGGUGGACACGUCGCACAUCAUCCUUACUGGCUUCGGCGCCCUCAACAAGCUGCUGGGCAGCGAGGUGUACUCCUCCAACAACCAGCUGGGCGGCGUGCAGAUCAUGUACAAGAACGGCGUGUCGCAUGACGUCUGCGGCCAGGACUUCGACGGCAUCUGUUGCCUGCUCCGCUGGCUGUCCUACGUGCCGCGGCACAAGGGCGCCGGCCUGCCGAUCCUGCCCAGCGUAGACCCCGUGGAUCGGCCGGUGACGUUCCAGCCGACCAAGGCGCCGUACGACCCGCGCCUCCUGCUCACCGGCCGGCCCAACCCAGCGAACCCCGGCGAGUGGGAGACAGGCUUCCUGGACGCCGGCUCGUUCUCGGAGGUGAUGCGCGGCUGGGCAGAGACGGUGGUGUGCGGCCGCGGCCGGCUCGGCGGCCUGCCUGUCGGCGUCAUCGCGGUCGAGACGCGAACCGUCGAGCUCACGCUGCCGGCUGAUCCGGCCAACCUUGACUCUGAGGCCAAGAAAAUCGCUCAGGCCGGCCAGGUGUGGUUCCCGGACUCGGCCUACAAGACGGCCCAGGGCAUCGAGCUGUUCAGCCGGGAGGAGCUGCCGCUCAUCAUCUUCGCCAACUGGCGCGGCUUCUCCGGUGGCAUGAAGGACAUGUACGACCAGGUGCUCAAGUUCGGCGCCAUGAUCGUGGACGCGCUGCGCGCCUACCGCCAGCCAAUCAUCGUGUACAUCCCACCGUACGGCGAGCUGCGCGGAGGCGCCUGGGUCGUCAUCGACGCCGCCAUCAACCCACGCUACAUGGAGAUGAUGGCCGACCCGGAGAGCAGGGGCGGCGUGCUGGAGCCGGAAGGCACCGUGGAGAUCAAGUUCAAGGCCAAGGACCUGAUCAAGUCGAUGCGCCGGUUGGACGAGGAGCUGCGCGCCCUACUAGCCGAGCUAAACCAGCCGGAAAUAUCGGCAGAGCGGCGGCUGGAGCUGGAGCGCCGGCUGGCGGCGCGUGAACAACACCUGCUGCCGGUCUACCACCAGGUGGCGAUCCAGUUCGCUGACCUGCACGACACGCCGGUGCGGAUGCUGGAGAAGGGCGUGAUCCAGGAGCUGGUGCCGUGGGGCGAGUCGCGCCGCCUGCUCUACUGGCGCCUGCAGCGGCGCCUGCUCAGCCUGCAGGCGUGCCGCCUGGUGGAGCGCGUGCAGCCCACCGCCCGCCACCAGCACGUGCUCACCAAGCUGCAGCGGUGGUUUGUCGAAGACAAGGGAACCAUGCAGAGCUACCAGUGGGACGACGACCAGGUGGUGACCGCCUGGCUGGCAGCCCAGAUGGAUCCCGACAACACCUCGCACUCGGUGGUGCUCGACAACAUCCGCUGUCUGGAGCGCGAGGCGGCCAUGGCGCGCGUGCGGCACACCAUCCAGGCGCAUCCGGACAUCUCUUCCGAGACGGUGAUGCACCUGCUCCACCACCUGUCCAAGGCGCAGCGGAGCGAGGUGGCCAAGGCGCUGGCCAGCCUGGAGGCGUCGGCGCCCGUCUCCGCGGCCAGCUCCAGCGCGGGCCUGACCCCGCAACGGAGCGGCGACGAGCCCGACAACGACACCGGCACCGGCUCCGAUUGACCACUGCCGGUGUCGUGCGCAACCGCCAGUUGUGUUUGGUACCACUAGAUGGCACGGGGAGCGGAGACCUGCCUGGCGGCGGGCGGGGUAGAGAUGGCUAGGUGCGGACGUAAUCCAUCACGUGGGGCCAUGUGGACCGCCGGCACAACCCAUGAGCGCCAGGUGUUUGUCGCGUUCGUCUUAUGAUGGCCUGAUUAUGUGGUUUAUGCUAUCUGGUAUGUUCAUUAAAUGGAUUGUUUGUUUUAAAUCGUGCCGUAGCAUCUCUACUGGUUUGGGGGCAGUUGUCGCCAACUGUAAGUCGGACCAAUACCAGUUACCACCAAAGCUAUGCAAUGUCUUAGGUCAGAGUGUUUUCUAUAGACCAAUAGGUGUGUCUGAAAGCAUCACUCAGCGCUGUACUCUGUUCCACUAGCCGUGUCGGGGUGUCGUACUCAGUGUAGUCUGGACUGGCCAGUCGCGUUGAACGCUGCUCUGCCAGUCGACAGCCGGUAGUCCAAUGAAAUCUGUUGUCUUUGAUUUAUGGGUGGGUGGCGCGUCGCGUUCGGAUGCUCUACCUCAGUUCCGGCUCAUGCCCGUGCUGGCGGGCGGGGCACCUCCCAAACGGACUCUCACCGUGCGCGCGCUGGCGGGAGAGCGGCGCUGGCGGGGCGGGGGAGCUUGUCGAAAGCUCCGCCCGCCCGGCCGCGUCAUGGCGGCUCGUUUGGCGCGGCCGGCGGAUGCCCGGACAGAGCAGGGGGAUCAGCAGGCACAGGAGGCAAAGGGACUCACUGGUGGGAGGCACCACUCCUGGCCACGGUGAGCGCUCCACUGUAGGGGGGGGGGGAAUCCAUGGAGCACAGCUGCCCUCACCUGUCACCGCUACCUUCACCUGUCACCGCUGCCCUCACCUGUCACCGCUACCUUCACCUGUCACCGCUGCCCUCACCUGUCACCGCCGCCCUCACCUGUCACCACUGCCCUCACUUGUCACUGUUACCCUGGCCUGUCACCGCCGCUCGUCCGUGCACCCAGCUGAGCCUCACCUGUCGGGCGGCCGAGCCUCCUGCCGUGAUAGACGGCCGCGGCGGCUCCCUACAGAGCGGGAAGCCGUCUCGGGACUGGAUCCGACCUCGUGGCCCCUUGUUCAGACGGUGCUCCUGUCAGGAUGCCCGGGAGGGGUGACGGGUGGGUCCGGUCGCGAUCCGGAGCCCGUUGUGACCCGGAGCCCGGCGUGACCCGGUUAUGACCCGGUCAUGAGCCGGAGUCCGCCACGGGCGUCAGCCGGUUGGGACCAUGCCGAUCGGCGCUCGGUCCCACGCUACUCGACGGAUAUGGCAGCACCAGGGCAAGGCUAUGGCAGGGGGGGGGGGACUGCCGUCGCGGAGUACCAUAUUUUUGUAGUCGUGAACUGCUGGAUUCGUGGUGUGGGUCAUGUCGAGGUGCACAAUAUGCGUGGACGUGCUACGCUUGGCUUGGGACGAUGGGCCAAUAAAUGGUGUAUGCGGUGUGC